CAAUUUGCAUACGUGUUUUGGCGCUCUCUCACACACAGACACAGUUUGGCUGCGAACUCUGUCCGCGAUGAGCUCGAGUAAGCUUGAAGGCGGGAAGCUGCUGAGCUCCAGGAUCCUGUCGUUGAGGGAUAGCUCCAGCAACACCGUCGCCAACGCCUCCUUCAGGGUCUACUACAGCGUCGGCGCCGGCACCGUGCCCUUCGUCUGGGAGACCAAGCCCGGAACCCCAAAGAGCACCGUCAUCCCCGCCGCCACCGACUACGACGCGCCACCCCCGCCGAUCAUCUCGCCGCCGCCGUCCUACCUGUCCAGAACAAGGAAGACGUACACGAGGAGAGCGCCAUCCGCUUCCCGGUCUUCGCGGUGGGGAUGGAUGACCAGCUGGCUCGACAUCAGGAGGUGGAUGUCGCCGCCCAAAGGCGUCUGGCACGCGCCGGACGGCGCCGCCGAUGAGGUGGAACGGCAGCGGCGGCCCCGGCGAGACGCGCCCAUCUUCCUCUGCAGCUGCGCUUCUGAUCAGCCAGGCAGGCAUGGAUAGUGUUAAUUUGGCUGUUUGGAGAUGAUGAAUAAUUGGGUACCCGUGAUGUGACUGUCUGAGAGUGCG